CCCACCAUGCCUGCAAGAGACAUCAGUUCUCUCUCACACCUUCGAUUAGACUCAUGUACACUGUUCACUAGCCCCCACUCCUCACCUUGCCAAAAUAAACUCUCUUCGCUCUCCAAUCCAUGGGAUGAGAGAGAGGAAUGCGAGAAACCUUCUUGACUAUCAUGACUUGGCUCACAUGAGGCCUGGCUCGUAAAUUACUUCAAUCCCCUGUUGCUGAGCAGCCCUUCAUUUUCUAGACUUGACGUUCAAAUCAUCCGUCCCUCCCUUUCGCCCUCACAUCCUUUCUUAUUCUCCCACAGGGGUUCCUACCUGGACUGACUUCCAUUUUUCCCACAAUUCUUCGAAUCUUUCCCAACCAAAUAUGGGGAGGCACUCUUGCUGCUACAAGCAGAAGCUUCGGAAGGGUCUAUGGUCCCCCGAGGAGGAUGAAAAACUUUUGAGACAUAUUACUAAGUAUGGCCAUGGCUGCUGGAGCUCUGUUCCUAAGCAAGCCGGCCUGCAGAGGUGUGGUAAGAGCUGUAGGCUGAGGUGGAUCAAUUACCUGAGGCCUGAUUUGAAGAGAGGAACAUUCUCACAAGAAGAAGAAAGCCUUAUAAUUGAACUCCACGCAGUACUGGGAAAUAGAUGGUCUCAAAUUGCGGCACAAUUGCCCGGGAGAACUGACAAUGAAAUCAAGAAUUUGUGGAAUUCUAGUUUAAAGAAGAAACUGAGGCAAAGAGGCAUCGACCCUGUUACCCACAAACCACUCUCUGAGGUUCAAAACGGAGACGACAGAGACAGAGAACUCAAUGAAUCGAAACUUCUCAAAUCAGAGAGCCCCGAUUCAGAUGGCACAAAAGCCUACACGCCCGUCAUGGAAGGCUGUGCCGGCUUCAAGUAUAACAACAGCACGAGUGACACCAAUUUGCUAACCAACUGUGGCAGCAAAGAAUUGCUCCCGGACGGGUUUACGGCGAGCUACACCACUUCGGGCCUGAUGGGGAAUUUGAAUUCCGCACUUCAGGUGAAUUAUGCAUCCUCUGGUGAUGCCUUCCCAGCCAAUUCAAACCCUUCUCAGUGGUUCGCCCAAACAGGAGGACCAAGAUUCAAUAUGAAUUCUGAAUUUGCUUCCAAUUCCAUGUCUACUGUUCUCGCGCCUCCACCCGCUUCAUAUCUCCCAACGGUUGGUGUUCCUUGCGAUGGUAUCGGUGCAGCCUCUUACACUACUGAGCAUGCAUCCCCGUCUCAUUUCUGGGCACUGAUGACAGAUUCUGCAAAAGAGACCCAAAUGCAAGUGCUGGAGAACCAGACAGGGGAAGCCAAGUGGGGUGAUUACGUUCAAUACCCGAUCGUAAUGCUGCCCGUGACUCAUGUGGUAUCUGAUAAUUUAGCAGCGAUGUUGCCCCAUAACAAACGGCAAGAAGAACCCUCGCAGACUUGUAAUAUGUUUUCCAAGGACAUCCAGAAGCUCACGGCUGCCUUUGGACAUAUGUAGACACUGAUGAUUUUAAUAGUGCAGGUGUGUGCAACAGAUUUUGAUCUUGUACAUGCACAAUUCUCUCGCCCCCGACCUCUUCUCAGGUGUGGGUACGAUUGUAGAAACAACCAUUCCUCUGCUCUGUCUGCAAUUGCAUUACAGUGGUGCUUUUCUUUUA